AUGGCGGGGUCGGUGGUUGGGUCGUACGCAGAGCCGGUUUCUGCUGCGAUCUGGUUCUGUUUGAAUCAUUAUGAUUACAACAACGCAGAGUUUCUUGCUGAAAUUCUUCACGUUGAAGUGGGUUCAGAGAAGACACUGCAUUUGUUGUGCACGUGUUAUUAUCGGCAAGGAAACAUCAAACGUGCUGCUCACCUUUUGUCCAGUCAUUCCCUUACAGACCCAGAGAGUAAAUACUUGCUAGCAAGAUGUCUCUUUGAACAAGAAAAGUAUUCUCUAGCUGAGCAGGAAUUGGUGAGAAACGGUAGUCGGAAGGAUAUCGAUCAAAUUAUAGAUUCUCUUGUGGACGAAUAUGGCCAGCUAAGUGGUCAUGUUCUGGGACUUCUUGCACAGUGCUGCAGGCGGACAGAGAGAAUAGAUAAAGCUGCUUGUUACUUGAAAGCAAGUCUCAAACAAAAUUCCUUUUUGUGGGAGUCGUUUGCUGCUCUAUGUCAGAUGGGUGUUCAAGUCAACCCACAAAAUUUCUUCAAGUCAGAAACGUGUCCAUUAAUCCGUGAACCAAAAUUAACUCUUGCAGGCAUGAAAAGUUUGAAUGAGUUAAUAUCAACUGGUGGAAUUGGUACAGUUAUGUCGGCAGAUGAGAAUGUUGAUCCAAUGUUGUUGUCGUCUGCAAGGCAACCCACCAUGGAUACUCCACUGACUACAUCAGGGAUGUUAUCUCAGAGCGAUUUGCUUCGUUUGUCGUUUUCAACUACAGGAGAUAUGAGCAUGAGCAACUUUGCUGCUCCACACACAAUGAGUGUGAAAAAGACAAGACAAAAAUGGGAGUCACCUAGUCCUCCAUUAUUUGGUGUUGUUCCGGUGGCCUUGUUUGUUACUCCACCUGCUGUGAUGUCGAGUAACACGCCGUGCACCACACCAUCUGAUGUGACGUCAGGUGAUGUGCCAUGCACAACACCGCCUGCUGUGACAUCAAGUUCAACUCGACGAAUUUGUUAUACGACACCAAAGACCAAAACACAACUCAUGGCACCACCUCCAGUACCUAGCAAACAGCAGUCGGUUCGCAGAACUGUGCCUCGUACAUUAAGUCCUCCGUCUCUUUCAUCCAAUCUUUCACCUGAUCAGUUUUCCAUCUCCAAAGUUCAGACUCGAAGCGCAAGUCGUGGUGGUCCCACUAAACCUUUCAACCUGUCGACCUCACCACGUCGAAGUGCUAGACUAAGUGGACAAGUGUCUUUCAACACAACAAAAAGUCAAGGAAGACAAAUAAGCACAAGGUCAAUGACUUCUCAGAGUAAGGUAAAAUUGAAGGCAGCAGAUCGUCUCCAGUCUCCUCUCAUAUUGUCCCCUACAUCGUCUACCCCAUUAACCUCUCGUCGUCAACAUCACGACUUCUCAGUCAUCAACCCCCGAUCUCCAUCCACGCAAAGCGACACGUCAUCCCUUCCAGAAUCAUCAUCAAGCAUCAUGUCAGGAAUAACCAAGUUACCUACAACUCCUGGUGACAUGCAAGGAGUAUUGGAUACUCAGACACAUACAAAUGUCGUGAAUCACGAUGCUUUAGUUGCAACAUUGCAACAAGGACUCGACUCUCUGAUGAGCCUUCUCUGUGCUAUUGGGUCUGCAUAUCUUGCUCUCUUUGUGUAUGACUGUAAACAAGCGUUGAAGCUAUUUGACAAGUUGCCGUCUCAUCAGUACAAUACAAGCUGGGUGUUGAGGCAUGUGGCUAGGGCAUAUUUUGAGUCUGCGAAAUAUAUGAGGGCAGCUGACGUGUUUCAAGAGAUUAGGAGUAAUGAUCCACAUCUACAUGAAGACAUGGAUAUCUUCUCUUCCGUUCUGUGGCAUACCCAAGACGAGAUCCAACUGUCCAAGCUUGCCCACGACCUAACAGACAGCAACAAGAAAUCGCCUCAGGCGUGGUGUGCAGUAGGCAAUUGCUUCAGUCUACAGAAAGAUCAUCAGUCUGCGAUCAAAUUUUUUGAACGAGCAUGCCAACUUGACAAAAUGUUUGCGUACGGACACACAUUGCUGGGUCAUGAGUAUCUCGCUUUGGACAACUUUGUUGAAGCUCUGUCGUGUUUUAGAAGUGCCAUGAGUGUGGAUCCAAGGCAUUACAAUGCGUGGUAUGGUAUGGGCAUGGUUUUCUACAAACAAGAGAAAUAUAGACUGGCUGAGGUACACUUCUCUCGGGCUCUUGCUAUCAAUAGCAGCAAUGCCGUCCUCUGCUGCCACAUUGGAAUAGUACAGCAGGCAAGGAAAUGUCACGACCAGGCUUUACGUUCUCUAAACAAGGCAGUCGAAAUGGAUCCCAACAAUUCGUUGUGUAGAUUUAGACGAGCUUCAGCUUUCAUCUGUCUCAAGAGAUAUCAGGAAGCUCUGGAUGAUUUGACCGAACUCGAACACAUGGUUCCCAAGGAAUCAGGCAUAUAUUUUCUCAAAGGCCAGAUCUACAAGAAACUCGGUCAUACUCAUCUCUCUCUAAUGAACUUGUCGUGGGCAAUGCAACUGGAUCCGCGAGGCAACUCUCACAGUCAGCUCAAGGAGUUAUUCGAGCAGCAGUACGGAGACCAAAUGCAUGUACUAGAAGACGCUAGCGACGAUGAUGCCCCACGUUUAGAGGACAACGUAGACAUGGAAGGUAGUCUACUGUAGCACAAUUUCUUCAGGUUUUCAUUUGAGUUGUCAGUUGGUGUACGUUUUGAAUGGGUAAAUGGAAAGGGUUCGGAUGAUGUUUGUGUGAGGAUGGAUGCUCUCGCUUGCGAUGGAAAGGAUGGGCUGUAUUG